GCCUCUCCAAAGCAACAACAACGCGACAUUUCAGACACUUGACUUUACCAAGAGAGAGUCAUCUCUGUCACAGAAGAUCAUCGCAGCAGCUCUGCCAUUUUGCCCAUCACCCUCUCGUCGGACCAAGCCUCGUCUUCGCCCGACCAAAAGUCGCUUUACAAAAGCCGCGCAUUGCUUCAGAGGUUAGUGAGUGUGACUCAGCCCACCCGUCAGACGCUCAACCGACGACACCGUCGACGGGCCCAUCAUGGCUCUCGCCCACGGCAACAGCCCAAGGCAGCGAAGGCAUCGCAACGCGUCCCGCUCGGGAAGGAGUGCUGACAUACGGUUGCGCCGCCUUGCAGACACGUCUCGAAGCAAAUCAACACCCCCAAGCGUCAACAUGGCAACUCUGGCAUCUGCUGUUCGCGAUAUCGCCAUGACCUCCGGCCGAGACAACUUAACUGCUGUAGCGGCCAGGAGCGUCCCUGUGACAACCCAUCCGACCACCCUUCCGACUCCGCCCAACUCUAUAUCUCCCUCGCUGCCUCCCCACGGAUUGAAAGCCCAGCUGCAGAGAGCGCGUCUCGAGUCCAUCGACUCGGAUUUGGACCUGCACGACACGCGGGAGGAACACUACGCGGGGAUCGAGUCGCCCCCUUAUGACUCUUCGGGCGCCAUCACCUCGGCCAUGCUGGCCAAGUUCCACCUGCCCGAAAUCCUGCUGGACCACGGCCCGCUGCCCAUCCGUCAUCUGAUGGGAUAUCUCACAACCUCAGUCCCGGGCUUCGCGGGGAUUCCCCCGGCAAAGGCGCGUAGACUGGUCGUGGGAGCUCUGGAAGGGAAGGGUGGCAACGGCGGGAUUGGCGGCCCGGACGGUGACGUGGAGUUCAUGAAGGUGGGCUGGGGACGGUGGGAUGCGAAGCGACGCGGCCAGCCCGCUCGGGAUCCGCCCUCGCGCCGCACAUCACCUGGUGCCGGCGCCUACCCUGCAGGCAUCCCAAUCACCAAGGCUGCCGGACGGAACACAGACCGGUCACGUCUUGCAGCCACACUCGGAUCGAGUCUCGGCGCCGAUUCCUCAGCCGCCUUCUCGCACGACGACCGCUUCAUGGAUAUGAUGGACCACGAGGCUGACAAGAUGUCUCUGGACGGGUCCGGGUCGGCGUCGUGUUCCGAGGCUCCCGACGACGACGUGAGAAUGCACAACGACGACCCCGAGGACGCAACCGACGACGAAGACUGGGCAGCUGUCGGCGCCGCGGCGCUCCGCGCGUCGUCGUACCAGGCCCGGUCUAAUCAGCAAUUCUCCCCUUUCAACACUGUAUAUAGUUCGGGCGGCAGUGGGGUUCGCUCUUUCUCGGCAGGGAUGGCGCGAGCGCCUCAAUUCCGCAAUUUUGAUUUUUCGGCAUCGGCGUUGGGGGCUGUUACCUCUGACGCACAGGAGCGCGAGGCUGUGGAGGCUCUUCUUCGACUUGGAUCUAUGUAA